CCCGAACCUGUUGCACACCCUAGUUCUGAACUCUGUCUCACUCGCUCGCCUCCGCCUCUAGUUCUAGCGAAGGGCUUGGGUCGUUCGAAGUCUCAGCCCCGCACCCUCCCCAGUUCUUGUGUGCGAAGACUCACCAGCUCUCCAUAACUCACCAGAUGAAAAGUUUAUACAGUCCAGCAAUCAGGGUCGAUGGUCAAUUGCCUUGGAAGAACCUCAUGUGCUGAGGAACAGGAAACUAAAGAUGAUUGCGGAGAAACCCAGCUGGAUUAGCCAUGAGGGCAUGCAAAUUUUCUCUAUUGAUAUUCAGCCUGGCAGUCUCAGGUUUGCCACUGGUGGUGGUGAUCAUAAGGUUCGCAUUUGGAACAUGAAAUGUGCUGGGAGGGAUCUGGAGGCAGAUGAAACCAUCCCAAAAAUUCUUGCCACUUUGCGUGACCAUUUCGGGUCAGUGAACUGUGUUAGGUGGGCUAAGCAUGGAAGGUAUGUCGCUUCAGGGUCUGAUGAUCAGGUUAUCCUCAUACAUGAGAGGAAACCUGGUUCAGGAACCACAGAAUUCGGUAGUGGAGAGCCACCUGAUGUUGAGAAUUGGAAAGUCACCAUGACAUUAAGAGGACAUACUGCUGAUGUGGUGGAUCUUAGUUGGUCUCCAGAUGACUCUACAUUGGCCAGUGCAAGCCUAGACAACACAAUUCAUAUAUGGAGCAUGUCUAAUGGAAUUUGUACUGCUGUUCUUCGGGGUCAUUCUAGUCUUGUUAAAGGUGUUGCAUGGGAUCCCAUUGGUUCUUUCAUUGCUAGUCAGUCAGAUGAUAAGACUGUCGUUAUAUGGCGAACUACUGACUGGAGCCUUGCUCAUAAAACUGAAGGUCACUGGGCAAAAUCUCUGGGUUCCACCUUCUUUAGGCGGCUUGGGUGGUCCCCUUGUGGCCAUUUUAUAACCACAACUCAUGGCUUUCAAAAGCCUAGGCAUUCUGCUCCUGUUCUUGAAAGAGGUGAAUGGUCUGCCACUUUUGACUUCUUAGGACACAAUGCUCCAGUUAUCGUGGUGAAGUUCAACCACUCAAUGUUUCGAAAUAGCACCUCCAAUGCUCCGGAAAUGAAAACUGCACCUCUUGGGUGGUCAAAUGGUUCAUUAAAGUCAGGAGGGAAAAAAGCACAACCGUACAAUGUUAUCGCCAUUGGAAGUCAGGACCGCACUAUAACUGUGUGGACCACAGCCAGCCCUCGCCCUCUUUUUGUUGCUAAACAUUUCUUUUCUCAAAGUGUUGUGGAUUUAUCUUGGAGCCCUGAUGGAUACUCCUUGUUUGCAUGUUCUUUGGACGGAUCUGUAGCCACAUUUUUCUUUGAUGCAAAUGAACUUGGCAAUCGGUUAUCUGAUGCUGAACUUGAAGAGUUAAAAAAAAGUCGAUAUGGUGAUGUCAGAGGUCGACAUGCAAACUUAGCAGAAAGUCCUGCUCAAUUGUUGCUUGAAGCAGCAUCUGUAAAGCAAACACCCAACCAAAAAACAUUGGAUAAUGUUUCACCAAACCAAGUGUCAGCAAAAGAUUCAGUUAUUGCAGCAGUGAAGGAUUGUCCCAAAGCUCAAGUUGAUAAUAGUGGUAAGAAAAUUGAGGCAGUUAAUGGUGAGGGGCUAAAUAAAGUAGCUUCAUCCACUACUCACUUGACAAGUUCAGUGAAACAAAGAGUUUAUAGACAGCCAGAUGGCAGAAAGAGAAUAAUCCCAGAAGCAGUUGGGGUGCCUAUACAACAACAGAACAUGAGUGGUUCCAUCGAGUUCCCAAACAAUUCUUUAGGUGAUGGGAGGGAUGAUGAUAGAGUAAUUCAUGAUGAGAUUGGUGUCAGAGAAGGGUUCACAAGAAAAACAGUGGGUGGGAAUGGCGGCUUAAAGGAGCGAUCAGGCGUAACUGCUAGAGCUACUGUGAGUGAGAGUCUAGUCAUUGAAAAGGUUCCAGUUUCUGCAGGUAAAGAUAGCAGUGCUUGCUUAAUUGAACAGAUGGGGGCUGCCAAGGACACAAGUUCGUUGGCUGCUAGUGGUACUCUAUCGGUUAGGGUUUUCGAUAAGAAAGAGGGGGAAGAUGUUAUUCCGUUUUGCUUGGAGGCUCACCCCAAUGAACAUACUAUAAAUGAUGUUCUAGGGGUAGGAAAUACGUUUGUGAUGAAAGAUACUGAACUAACUUGCACAAAGGGAACAGAAGUUUUCUGGUCCGAUAAGAUUUCUGGACAAGUUACUGUCUUGGCUGGAAAUCCCAACUUUUGGGCUGUUGGUUGUGAUGAUGGCUCUCUUCAGAUAUACACCAAAUGUGGGAGACGUGCAAUGCCAACAAUGAUGCUGGGUUCUGGUGCAGUAUUUAUUGAUUGUGAUGAGUCUUGGAAGUUGUUACUCGUCACAAGAAAGGGAUCAUUGUAUCUGUGGGAUUUGUUCAAUAGAAAGUGUCUCCUAAAUGAUUCAAUGGCUUCUUUAGCGGUGGCCUCAGAUUCAUCAUCAAAGUCAAAUGCAAGUCAAAUCAAAGUGAUAUCAGUGAAGAUUUCAAAAUCAGGGUCUCCACUUGCUGUUUUGGCGACACGGCAUGCAUAUCUCUUUGAUAUGAGCCUCAUGUGCUGGUUGAGAGUCGCAGAUGAUUGUUUUCCCGCUUCAAAUUUUGCAAGCUCCUGGAAUUUGGGCUCUUUUCACGGAGGCGAGCUGGCUAAUUUGCAAGUAGAUGUCAGGAAGUUCUUGGCCAGGAAACCGGGUUGGAGCAGAUUGACUGAUGAUGGAACACAGACAAGAGCUCAUUUGGAGACUCAGCUGGCUUCUGCUCUUGCUAUGGAAUCCCCAAAGGAAUAUCGCCAAUGCCUUCUCUCUUAUAUUCGCUUCCUGGCAAGAGAGGCAGAUUUAUCUAGAUUGCGAGAAGUUUGCGAGAGCUUUCUCGGGCCUCCAACUGGAAUGGUCGAGGCAUUGUCUUGCAGUUCAGAGAAACCUGCAUGGGAGUCCAGUGUCCUUGGUAUGAAAAAGCACAAGCUCUUGAGAGAAGAUAUACUCCCAGCUAUGGCAUCUAACCGGAAAGUGCAGCGGUUGCUACACGAGUUUAUGGAACUUCUAUCAGAGUAUGAUUUGUCUGAAACUAACAAUAAUAAUGCUCCGCCUGCAAAAUCCCUUCCCACUACAGAUAAAAUGGAUACUGAUCUGCCCGAAGAAGAAAACGCGCCUUCUUGCGCAACUCAUCAAGAGAACGCUUGAAACCCCACCAGCAGUGGCAGAUGAUGAAGAAGAAGAAGAAGCUGUCAGAGAGCAUUUCUUUGUGUUGAAGCAACAAAGUGAGUUUGAGCCUGCGUUUUUCAGAUUGAUAAGACCAAGGCCCCGAGCUCUCUUUUCCCCCCUUCAGCCAGAAGGUACCUAUUGACAAUUCAUUAACACAAUUUCCAAUUUUGCUACUACUACUACUGGCAGUGGCGGUGGCGGUGGCGGUGGUGGUGUACUAUGGCAUGGAUGCUGCUUGUGUUCUACAAGAAUUCGUCCAAUUCAACCACAGCUGGCUCAUACUUUGCUUCAAAUGUAAUUUUUUUUGUUUCUUAAUUACGAUUAGCGUUUACGAUAGAUUAGGGAAAGGGUCUUUAUAAUUGUAUGGUGUAAAGGGCUUUGUAUCAUCUUCUUCAUGCUUUCUUUAUGAAAACUCAAUGUUCAAAUCAAAAUUUGUACUGCUUCAUUCUUUAUGAAAACUCAAUGUCAAUUGAUUACAUGUUAUUCACACAAGCAUGGGGUAAACUUUUGGG